UAUAUAUAUAUUCAGACGAAUUGACCUUCUCCUUUUUUUUGAAGUCGGUUAAAAAUCAACACGAUUUCUUAGCCACUUCGAAUUUGUAUAUUAUUGUCUGAGUAAAAAGUUAAAAUUUUGAUGAAAAUUCGUUAAAUGUUCAUUAAUCGGGUACACAGUUUGAAACUUUGAUUUAUAUGGUUUUGUUUGUAGCAUAAACCAUAUAUUUGUAAAAAAAAAAAAUAUUAUAAUUGCUAAACAAGGGUGUAUGCAGAUAGUGAAAUAAUCGUAUGCGCGUAUGUAAUUAAAAAAAGCUUUACUGCAUCUAAGUAAAAUAUAGUUCCAAGUAUUUCAACUACGGAAAUAAAACCAGUUGCUGCACUAGCAAUUACACGGGCAACAAAAACAACGUAUGUAGUUAAUAAAAUACAUACAUAAAAAGUGGCGGCAAUUAAGCGCAACAAAUGUAACACUGAACAAAUUUUUAAUUACAUUUUAUUUAUGUAAAUAUGCACACUAAGCAAACUUUCACUUCGAAUGUAAAAUAAUGCGUCUCACAGCGUAAUUAUUUAGUUUGGUUUUUAGUUCAAUGCUAACAUCGCAUCGGUAAAGUUCGACCGCUAAAAACAUGUACAACUUUCCAUUUGAAAUCACCGAACUUGAGCCUCAGUUAAAUGCUGAGCUGCUCAGUUAUUUUAAAGGCGAGCGCACAGGUUUUGUGCAGGUGGGUCCAGAAAAGUAUUUCUUCCCUCAUAAGUACAAAUUGGAGGCGGAGAAUUUUUAUAAUUUUCAAGCACGUCCGGAUGAUAUUUGGGUAGCAUCGUUUCCACGAUCGGGCACUACAUGGACACAAGAGUUAGUUUGGCUCGUUGCAAAUAAUUUGGACUUUAAAACAGCUAAAACACAGCCGCUCACCGAAAGGUUUCCAUUUUUCGAAUUUUCCCUGUUCGUGCAUCCUGAAAUCAAAGCGGAGUUGCUGUCUGAAAAUGCUAAUGACAAUGGCAAACAAGACUUCAUCGAAUAUUUUUCCGCCCCAGGAUACAAAACUUUAAAUUCAUGGCCGUUAAAUAAGAGACGCUUUAUUAAAACACAUUUCCCAUUUUCUUUGUUGCCGCCAAGUGUUCUAAAGGAAAAGUGCAAGAUUAUUUAUGUAGCACGCAACCCCAAAGAUGUAGCAGUUUCCUAUUACCAUCUAAAUCGUUUAUAUCGCACGCAAGGCUAUAUCGGUGAUUUUACACGAUAUUGGGAUUAUUUUUCCCGUGGUUUAAAUCCCUGGAUGCCUUACUGUAGCCAUAUCAAGGAAGCGUAUGCCCACAUCCACCUUUCCAACUUACUUAUACUUAACUAUGAAGAAAUGAUAUCAGACUUAAGUGGAGUUAUUAGGAAAGUAGCAGCGUUUUUAAAUAGUACGAUCGGCACGGUUGGCUUGAAAGAUCUUACAGAACAUUUGGAUAUCAGGAAUUUCCGGGAAAAUCCGGCUGUUAAUGGCAGUGAAAUGGCUGACGUCGGAGUAUUGCUAAAAGGUGAAGCAGGCUUUGUCCGUAAGGGUGGAAAUGGAAAGCGGGAAGAAUUAACGACUGAUCUUAGGUUAAAGAAUCGUGUUGAUCAGUGGAUUGAAAAGUCGAUUGACUGAGGAGUUUUUAACAAAACGAAAUAAUUCCACUUUGUAUAUUUUUCGGGAUUUUGAUUGAAUCUUACUCUACAAACUGAACCAUGUCGCUCAUUUAUUUCAUAACUCAAUUGAGAAAAACUGCUUUAAA